CAUUUUUUUCAAGAUUUUAAGUUUUACUUUGUUGUUUGUAGCUUGUCAAUGCUUAGAAUCUUUUGAAUAUUGUAAAAAACCAGAUGGAAUCUCAAACAUUCAAGAAGAAUGCACAAUUCGUCGCAAUUAUUCAAAGAGACGGUAUAUAUUGUAUGAUGUUAACCUACCGGAGGGAUUCAAUCUACGACGGGAUGUGUACAUAAGAGCAGCUGUUUUCUUAAGAAAUUUAAUUGACAAUGAUACAAAAUAUGAUUGGCAGUUGGUUCUACCUCCAUGGGCAAUGUUUUAUAGGAAAUUUAUAUCAUUGGAGAAGUAUGAAUAUAGGAAUGCAGAAGUACAUACCAUGGGCUACAUUUUUUGACAUUGUUAGUUUGCAGAAAUAUAUUCCAGUUUUGGAGAUGUAUGAAUUUAUGAAAGAAUAUUCUGUAGACCGCAAGGAGAUUGUUUUGGAUCGAGUAUACUUCUUACAACAUGAUGAGAACAUGUUCAGUGCAGGUAAAUUUGUAGACAAAAAUGAAGUGGCCAGUUGUCCAGAAAAUAAUUUUCCAUAUAGAAAAAUAAAUGAUAAAUUUGCUGGACGAUUUUGGGGAUACUCUAAUAUUACAGCAUUAGAAGUCAAAUGUAUCAUAUUUCAUGGUACCACUUUUGGAUUAAUGAAAAAUCUUAAACCUUCAAUUCAUAGGUCUUUCAUGUUUGAUCAUAUGGAGAUAGCAUUGCACAAGGAAUAUGGCUCAGUCGAUUAUUGGAUGGCAAGACGUAGUAUGCGAUAUAAUUCUGAAUUGUAUAAUGUAGCAAAUGAAUUUAGGAAAAAAUAUCUUAAUUCUGAUGAUAAAAAAGACAAUACAGAACGACCUGAUGACUGGACGAUGGAAAAAGGAAAAAGAAAUGCGGUAGGUGGACAAUACUUGGCAGUUCAUUUAAGAAGACGAGACUUUCUCAUGGGACGCAAAGACACAGUACCAACAAUAAAGAGUGCAGCAUCUCAAUUAAAAAAGAAAUUAAAAGAAUUAAAAUUAGAAACAGUAUUUGUGGCUACAGAUGCAAAGGAUCAUGAAUAUGAGGAUCUUGUGACACAGCUAAGAAACUACACAGUGAUCAGAUUCUCACCAACAGAUUAUAUACGGACAAAAUUCAAAGAUGGCGGGUUGGCCAUAAUAGAUCAGAUUAUUUGUUCAUAUGCUAGGUACUUCAUUGGAACUUAUGAGUCUACUUUUACAUUUCGAAUACAAGAAGAUAGAGAAAUUCUUGGCUUCCUAAAUGAAACAACAUUUAAUUAUUUGUGUGGUACCAAAAAUAAAUGUGAAACAGGAGGACGAUGGACAAUAGUUUGGUAAAAAUAAUGUGUGUGAACAAUUCCUUAUUCUUAUUACACACAAAAUUAUUAUAUAUUUUUUAAUUUUUACUAAUAUUUCUCGAUUCAGUAACUAAGUUGUUAGCGGCUUUCCAAUUAGCUCCUUUUCGCGUUGUUCUCUAGUCAAAGCCUCCUUUUGUUUCAUGUGCUGCAGACGUAAGGCACGCUUCUAUCAAUAAAAACAUUGUUUAUUAAUGA